AUGUUGGCAAGAAAAAGUAUCAUUCCUGAAGAGUUUGCGCUACCGGCGCUUGCAUCACGGAUUCCCCGAAAACCCGUGUUCAGAGACCGGGUAAACAAAGCCCGUUUCAUCGCUAAAAAUGGCUCCUGUAAUCUGGCGCACAAGAACAUCCGCGAACAGGGGAGAUUCUUGCAAGACGUUUUCACUACGCUGGUGGAUCUGAAAUGGCGUUUUACACUUGUCAUAUUUACAAUGACCUUCUUGUGCAGUUGGCUGCUUUUCGCUAUGGGCUGGUGGCUCGUGGCUUUUGCGCACGGGGAUUUAGAUCCUAAUCGGAAAGCAGGUAUCGAACAGUGCGUCACCAAUGUUAAGUCCUUCACCUCCGCCUUCCUCUUCUCCAUCGAGGUCCAGGUGACCAUCGGCUUUGGCGGCCGUAUGAUCACCGAGCAGUGUCCAACUGCCAUCACUGUCCUCAUCCUCCAGAACAUUGCUGGUCUUAUCGUCAACGCAGUCAUGCUGGGCUGCAUCUUCAUGAAGACGGCCCAGUCACACCGUCGUGCAGAGACGCUCAUCUUCAGCCGCCACGCCGUCAUCGCUGUGCGAAACAACCACCUCUGCUUCAUGAUCCGUGUAGGGGACCUCCGCAAGAGCAUGAUCAUCGGUGCCACUGUCCGCCUGCAGGUGGUGCGGAAGACCACCACGCCUGAGGGCGAGGUCAUACCCAUCCACCAGAUCGAUGUCCAGACAGAAAGCGCUGUGGCCAGCAACAGCAUCUUCCUGCUGGCUCCACUCAUCAUCUGCCACGUCAUUGACAAAGACAGCCCCCUCUACGACCUGUCCGCCAUGGAGCUGCAGUGCAGCGACCUGGAGGUCAUCGUGAUCCUAGAGGGUGUGGUGGAGACCACGGGCAUCACAACCCAGGCGCGCACCUCCUACGUAUCAGAGGAGAUCCAGUGGGGUCACCGUUUCGUUCCCAUUGUCACAGAAGAGGAGGGCAUCUACUCGGUGGACUACUCUAAGUUUGGCAACACUGUGAAGGUGGCGACUCCGCGUUGCAGCGCCCGUGAGCUAGAUGAAAAGCCGUCCAUCCUGAUCCAGACGCUUCAGAAGAGCGAACUCUCACACCAGAACUCGCUGCGCAAGAGGAACUCCAUGCGUCGGAACAACUCCAUGCGUAAGGGAAACUCUAUGCGACGCAGUAACUCCGCCCUCGCCAUGCCCAAGGUGCAGUUCCUUACCCCAGUGAACAUACAGAAUGAGGUGGUCACAUGACGCGAAGGCCGAAUGCCCUGGGUGAUCCACCUCCUCUUCUCCGCUGAAGCUUCUGGAACAGCGCUCAUGACCCAUCCAGCCUGACGGCCCUUGUUUAAUCCACUCCGCCUUCAUUUCUCUUCUCACCGUUUAUCAGUUGCUCCUCCUUGUGCUGUAGUACCUUUAGUCAUAGCCGCACCUGUCCAUUGGGACUAACAUUUAGCUCAGUUAUGCUAUGUCAGCAGGUGACCAACCUUAACCCCUGCCAAUCCACAUGCUUCAUCUGGCUGCAGGUCUAGUCUAACUGUCAUUCUGUCCUGAUUAUAUCAUUUCAGUCAUCAUCAUGCUCUUAACAACAGAUACAGCUGCAAUAAAACCUCCUGUAGAAAAUGUAGAAGCACAGAAGGAGAAGAGCUGAGUACCCCCGUCCAAAGUGUCUGCAUCUUUAAAAGGGCUCUCUCUCUCUCUCCUCUCCAUAGUAUUAGUAUAGUCAUUCCAUUCAAAUGAGUAAUCUUAUGAUAUUAGAAUUAAGUUAAUGAUCACAGCACUUUAAAGAACAUGUUCAUUUUGGCCCAGGUAAUACACAAGAAUCAGUUUUGGGAGGAAUAUUUUCCAUGCAGUUGAUGCAGACAUUGUCUUUUUGUGUUUCUUUGAAAAGCAUGGUUACUCAAACAGUCUGUAUUAACAGGAAGUACAAAUUUUGAUCUUUUUCUCUCGU